AUGGCCAGCCUGGACGCCCGAAAGGAGUCUGAACAGCGGAAAUGGUCUGACCCUUUCGUAUUAGAUCUAGCUGGAACGAUCGGUGAAAUUGAAUCAGACGACUAUGGGGCGAAUCGAAAAUUUAGUAUUGGUUAUUCGAUCCGUCCUGCAAAAGGCCAGUAUUCAAGAACGAAGGUAAUCACGCUGACGCCACGAUUUAUGCUCAUCAAUGCUAUGAGCAGUGCUAUUGAGGUGUGCCAUUCUUCAUCCAAAAUGAUGACCCCGGCUGUGAUUAAUAUGGCCAACACGAGUGGAUCAGUGGCAAACUCACGAACAACGUCUCCAGUCAAUCCCGUGGUUCAGCUUGAUGCCGGGGCAUAUGCCGAUUUUCAUUGGACUCUUCGAUUCGCUAAGACACGCACGAUACGUUGCCGUUUUGCAGAGUUUGGGUGGUCGUGGAGUGGUGCCGUGCCUUUGGUCGAGUCUGGCGAGUAUGCUGUACGUAUGCGUCAUGAAUCUACGCGGGAAAGUAAGCUUGUGCGUGUGACCCUGAAGCUAGACUCGUCGUGUGUAUGCGUGUAUUUUCGAGAAGAACGAACGACUGCACCACCCUAUCGUGUGGAAAAUUACUCGUUAGAAACGCUUCGAACACACCAACAUCGCGUGCGCCGCAGCGAGAUUUUAUUACCACAUCACUCCCUAGACUACGCGUGGGAUGAGCCCACAGAGGAACACUUGCUUGUCGUGGACAUGCUCCCGUCGGCGGCUGGUGACAAUAGCCGUCCGAUGCGCAUUGGAAGUUUCGAUCUGGACAAAAUUCAACGGUACCCCGAUGCGCUCGGCGGUACAUUGGGCAUUGAAAUAUCUACAGACGGCCCUACUCGCGUGCUACGUUUCACUGACACGCGAUUACGUGGAAAAAAACUGCGCCAGUCAAUUCUCAAGCUGCUAAUGACUUGGCAGCGAUGA